AUGUUAGGAGCUGCGUGUGCUCCUGAAAGCUCUUCAUACAGUAAUUCUAAGAUCGAGAUUCAAAUGAUUAAAGCUAUGCCACCGCGAAAGAAACUAAAGUCAAUCGCAUCUCCAGAAGCCAGUCUCGUUACACUUAAUGAUACUGAGACACCAGGUAACACAUUACAAGCCAAUAAUGUCCCGGAUAUCUUGAGAGACCCAUGGACAGAUGAACAAGAGACCUCACUUUUCAAAGGAAUAGUAAGAUGGAAACCAGCUGGAAUGCACAAGCAUUUUCGCAUGAUAGCAAUUUCCGAAUACCUCCGCAACCAUGGCUACGAUCCUACUGUAGAGACCCAUACUCGUAUUCCUGGGAUAUGGAAGAAGCUCCGAUCUUUGUAUAACCUUGAAAGUAUUGACUACAACGAGAACAAUCUUGAUUAUGCAAAGCCAGGCGAGAAAGCAGACGUUUAUCUCGAAUUUAAGUUGCCAGAGGAGUAUGAGGAGAUUCAAUUUAUGAGGGGUAGACGAAGCUCGUGCGAGGCUCCUAGUGAGACAGAAUCAUCACCAUCAGCUCCUCAUCCUCCAUUAGAACGUACUCCUUCGCCAGCGGUGGGACCGAGGAAUCGAAAACGAAAAGAAAAACUCAUCAAGCACCAGUCGAAUGCGGUGGACGAGACAGAUGAAAAUAGAUCUUCUCCAGCGCUUUCGCUACCUCCUAAGCCAGCUAGGAGAGGAAGACCGCCAGGGAAAACUUCGAAGAAUAAAAUAGAGCCUACUUCUCGUGCUCCAAGUACGACAAUAGAGGAGUAUGAUGAAGCAGAAGCAGUCGACGAUGAUGGUGAAGAUAAUUCAAUUGCUACAUCGAUAAAGGGUAAGGGCUCAAAAUUCAAAAACGAUCAUUCUAUCAUGCGGAAGAGUAGAAGAAAGAGAAGGUUUGAACAAACCUGA